AGAGACUCGUAAGAUGGCGGCUGGUCGGUAGCUGUGUCGAGAGAGCUGUUGUGAAAAUUUGUAGAAGAAGCAUGCUAUCUGAUAUGGAAGGUGUAUGAAAUGUAUGACAAUGAGUGAUGCACCCAGCAUGAAUUGCCUACCUAGUGGAAGUAGUGGUAUUCCAAGUACCACAGUGGCGCCCCCUACGUCAGGCGCGCCACCUAAACCAAGCAUUGCAGACACCAUUAGACAAGUGGAAAGUCAGAUAGCGUCCUAUGGUCCUGGUCCUCACGCUCCACAUCAGAAGGAAGAGUUGUCCAAACUCGCAUCAUAUCUCCACAGGGCUAAGCUGGAGCAACAGAAGUUAUUGCAGAUGAUGAGUAGCAACAAGCUGCCUGACAACUCUAUGGGCCCUGCAACAAUCUCCCCAAUGUUAGCAAUCCCCCAGACCGCCCAGAACCUGCGUCCCGCCCCCCUGCCUGCCCAGGCAACAACCUCUAAUGGAGCAUCAGGGGGUGAAGGUCGUGUGCUGGACAAGCGCCGCCUGCAGGAGCUGGUCAAGGAGGUGGACCCUCUAGAACAGCUCGAUGAUGAUGUUGAAGAUGUUCUUCUUCAGAUAGCUGAUGACUUCAUCGAGAAUGUUGUCAGUGCAUCAUGCCAGAUUGCCAAACACCGCAAGUCAAACACACUAGAAGUAAAGGAUGUACAGCUCUAUCUAGAGAGAAGUUGGAACAUGUGGGUGCCUGGGUUCGGGUCGGAGGAGAUCCGCCCGUUCAAGAAGGCAGCUGUAACAGAGGCUCAUAAACAGAGAAUGGCACUGAUCCGCAAGACACUGAAGAAAUACUGAUCAUCUUCCUCCCCCUUCAUGCCAACCUCCAUUGUGUCAAGCAUCAUCAUGUCAGUGUGUUGAUAUCGUGGUCCGCCGGGGGCCACACUGUCCCCCCACUGGCUGGCUGUGGAGACCAGUCUGUAGUCAUGGACCUCCUCCACAAUGUAGCUCUGCCCUAGACUUGCCUCAAGGGAGGAUAGGACUUCGGUAGUGCCGAUUCUACAUCCUUAGGAACACAUUAUUCAGAUCAUUUGUAUGACCAAUUUAUUUCUUGUUUUGUGGACGGUCCUACCCAGUACCCUACGUUUUGCAAAACAAAAGAAGUUACACUAUAUUCUGUGUUUGAUUGAAAAUAUGGUUAUUUUUCUUUCCUAGAUUAUUUGUAAAGCAAAAUAAUGUAAUUCCUGACCUUUAAAUGAAAAUAAUAUAUCUAAUUAACAUGUCAGAUUAAAUUCCAGACUUGUGUCUAUGGUGAUUUGUCUCUGACAGUUGGGCUGGCAAUAAUUGUUAUAAAUGGUCACAAAGAAAUGGUAACACGACACAAUUAUAGACUUCAUAAUACCUUAUGAACCUGAAAAACCCCAUAAAAACAUAUUAGGUUUAUAAUUAUUUCAUUAUAUUGUUGGGGCAGUCAGGUAGCCUAGUGGUUAAAGGGUUGGCUCGUCACGCUGAAGACCGGGGUUCGAUUCCCGACAUGGGUACAAUGUGUGAAGCUCAUUUUCUGGUGUACCCAGCCGUGAUAUUGCUGGAAUAUUGUUAAAAGUGACGUAAAACCACUCACUCAUUAUAUUGGUGCACUUUUUUUUAUGCCCGUCAUCAACAUCAGUUAAAAAAAUAUGGUCAUGUAAUUUUCAUAGAUGACUCAAAAAGCUAUUCGGUCUGUCACAGGGUUCCGAAAAUAGUUUUUGGCUGAUCGGACAUUUCCCGCCUACCUCAUAUUUGACAGUUACUGUUAGACUCUAUCUAUCAUGAGUUAAUAACCAUAAACCUAUAGUACAAAAGUCAACUGUAGCCAACAGUACAAAACCUUUAAAAGUAUGUCAUGAAAUAAUAAUCUGGAUUGUAAAUGAUUUUAAUUAUUUUUGCUGCAUAAUUGAGCAACAUUCAGCUGAGGAAGCCAGUAAAACAAGAAAUAAUAUUGGUCAGACCAUAAGUUAUUUAUUGGUGAC